AUGGACUUUGGCUCCCUGACCUCUUUUGAGACCGGCUCGGUUGAACUGCUUGAGUUUAGCUGGCCGCCUGCGGCCGAGGACCAGACCUCUCAGGUAUGCCUCGCUUAUGUUAUCAUGAAGCGGCCUUCUGGAUUUUUGCUGUGUGUUCCAGAUGGCUUCCUGUCGCAGACGGAAUUGGAGCAAGGCCAGCAGGCCGGGGAGGAGGAAGGGAUUGGGCCGUCGACUGGUAUCUCGGCUCCCCCUGUGCAACUGAGCCCCUCGGGCGAGUGGAUUUCCCCUCCCGACCUGGACCCUGUAGCAGCCCUGAUUGUGGACUUGGCUGCACCUUUGGCCGACCAGCUCAGCCCGGCCGACCUGUCGGUCGGGAUACCAGACGGCAGCUUCAGGGCCGGAAACUUUACCAGCCAAGUGGUCGCUGCAGUUGUGGACCGCCUGGACUCGAUGUUGCUCAAGGGGGCAACUCCUCCUCACGAGCCCCCGCCUGCGCCUCAGCCGGCCGUGCCUCACCCAGUCCUGGGUCAGCCCUUGGCUCAGGCCGUGUUGCCUCCUUUCCAGUCGGUCCCGAAGAACUUAGCCACCACUCUUGGGCCGCCCCCUCUCACCCGGCAACUGCCUCCCGCUGCUCCUGUUCAGGUGGACUUGGAAGAAAAGGGGCAGCAAAGCCUUCUGACCGGCGAGCUCCCAGGCACAGGCCAGGACGGUUCCCUCGCCUCGGCUGUUUUGGCCCAGUCUCACGCUCUUGUGGCCUUGGUGACCCAGCUGUCGGGCUCUGCCGACCCGUUGCUAGCGGUGCCUUCAGGUCAGGCUUCCGUGCGUGGUGCAGCCGGGCGCGCCAAACUCCAGCAGGAUCUUGCCGCCCGUUCGGGCGCCUUCGCCCAGAAGGUGCGCGACAACAUGACAAGGCGCAUGGACCCCACAGGCCUGCUGCCGGAGGACCAGGCCCUGGACCUGAUUGCCAUAGGGGCCACCGACGGGGCAAAGGACUGCCUCAGCUUGCUCCUCUUGAUGCUGGACCAGACCGCCCACGACCGUGGCAACAGCUCCCUAGGAUGGUUACUCACGUUGCAAGCCGACCCGCCGUCGAACCUGUUCACACCCCUGCAAUCCUUCAGCCCGCUUGCCGAGCAGAGGUGGAUAACCACCGCCCUUGCGUAUGCCAAGGAACAGCAGCUGUCAAAGAAGCAGCUCCGAGCAGCGCAGUGGGCAGCCCGCAAAGCCGCCGGUUCGUGUGCGCCCCCCACGGGCCCUAAUCCUGUUUCUUUGCCCCCGGACGGCUCUUUUGCCCCGGCCUUUGAAUUGGGCGUUUCUACAAAUCCUGCUAUCUCGGCCUAUCCCUCUUCGGAUGGCGGCGUCCUCGACAAUGAUCGGGCCGAUGCGUUCCCGUUGCAAGGGCUGUUCUAUGCUGAGGAGGCCCUCCCCUCCUCAGCCGCUCUCUUCCCGUUGCCUCUCCUGCGCGAGGGGGUCUUCCACCAACAGGCCUGCAGAAGUGCAAAGGCGACGUUUCGUGAUGACGUUGCCCGCUGUACGUCUAUGAUCGGAUCCAGGGGCUUGUCAGAGCGUGUGCCCGCCAGGCUCUCCGAAGUGGUUGUUUUCCUGCGUGCCCAACAUUUAGAGGCGAGUGGCUACCCUUCUGCAGCGGAGCCACCGACAGGCUUCGUUCCCCACGCACCCGAUGGCCCAGAGGCCCUGAGGCCAUACCGUGACAUCUUGGCCAACCAGGUUGUGCUUCACGGGGAGAGCAAGCAGGAGCUGCACAAGCUAGCGGUCUUCGGCGCUUACAAGGCGCCCGGCAAGCAGAGGCAGAUCGGAGCAGCAUACCGCGAGCGGCCGGGGAGCUACUGCAUUGACCCUGCCCUCUACACUGACCAGCUUGCUUUGGGCGAUGCUGGAGGAGUCGAGUUCGCGACCGCGGGUCACGAAGGCCCCUGGCAAGGGCUCAUAAUAGAUGAUUUCUUUGCCUUAGCAGUGCUGCCGGGCAGUUUCAGUAAUGGCACCCCCUCGCCCUCUUCCGGUCUCGUUGACCUUGCCAAAGCCGGCUAUGCACGUGAGUCGGUCCUUGGGUCUGACGACAAAGAUGUGAGGGACCAGCGCCUUUUCAAGGUCGCCGGCGCAGAAAUCGACUCCUCUGAGAGCACGGUUCUUGAAGGCGUGACUUUGUGCGGGUACCCGGUUGCAAAACGACUGGCUUUAGCAGCUGCCUCCGUUCGGGCUGCUCAGUGCCCUGCCCUUUCUGAGGAGCUUGUCUCCACCCUUUGUGGAAGCUGGGUUUCGUGUUUGCUGUAUCGCCGGUGCCUUAUGAGUGCCCUUGACAGGCUUUUCUCUUUGGGCCGAAGCGAAGCUGCGCAGGCAAGCCCUGGCUCUGACCUUAAGCCCCUCCCCCGCUCUACUGCUUCGGAGCUUCAGCUCCUAGCCGUGCUGGCGCCGAUCGCGGUCUCGAACCUUUCGGCCGCUCCUGCUGAGCAAGUGUAUGCCUCCGACGCUUCUAUGGAGAAGGGGGCUUACUGCUGCACCGAAGUUCCUGCCGAGGUUGCCUUGCAGCUCUGGCUGGCCUCUGACUUCAAAGGGGCGGCUGUCUCUCUUGAGGGUUCAAACUGGCGCCGCCCCCGGCCUGGAGACGACGAGGAGCUUUCCUUGGCCCCCGCUCCCCUUGUGGAGAAGCCACUUGCUUUUGACUUCGAUGUUCUUGAGGUCGGUGAGCCUUCCCUCUUCCUCGACGAGGCAAAGGCGAGAAGGCUAAAGGUAGGACCAAGCCUGCGCUGCACGAGGUCGUGCCACUACGACCUAGCCUCUCCUCGGUUCUGUGAGUGGCUGGUUCACUUGGUGUGCACAAAGCAAGUGCGAGCCCUCGUCCUGCGCCCUCCUGUCGAUACGUUCGCCAGGGCGAGCCGUCCCCCUGCUCGUUCCGUGCUGAGCCCUCUUGGCUUCAGGCAAAGUUUGUGGCCCGUCCUUAGAGCGAACAAGGCGGUCUCGACCUGCUUUGCUGUGCUGCUGGCCGCCGCUCGGCACAACAUACCGGCCUGCCUCUUCCACCCAGCCUCCUCCCUCCUGUGUCUUCACCCUGCUUGGGUCUCGCUUCGAAGGAGGGCCGUUUGCUGGGAGGAGCUUCUUGAAGCAAAGCUGUUCGGGCUUCCUGACUCGCCUGCUCUGCGCGUGUUGUGCUGCGGUCUCCCGUCCCUGCAGCCUCGCCUCCCUCCUCCUGCGUCUGGCCGCCGGCAUGGUGAUCGCACGCCUCUCUUCCGCUGCCGGGCUUUUGUGCGCCACCUUGCUGGGUGCCUUGCUUCCGUUCUCCAUGGCGACUCUCCGGCCGAGCCCCCCCGCACACAGGGUUUCGAAAGCCUGCUCGUCAAUGACCUCCUCCUCGCUUCCCGCUGGAAAGUUGUCUCGGAGUGGAGGUGGAGGCGGAGAGUCCACAUAAACGUGCUGGAGACCCUUGCCGCCGUCAAGGUUGCUCGGAAAGCUACCGAGGGGAGCGAUUGCGAAGGGCAGGUCCUCUUCGCGUUUGCUGCAGCCUGCACUUCUGAAGAUGUCGGCCACGUUGGUUGCAGGCCACUCUGCUGCCACCGCGGGGCUCCCCCCUUCGUGCUGAGCUGCCGGCCGGCGCCGCACCCCGUGACCUGCGAGAGCUUCGACCAGACCCUGGGCUUCCCUGGAGGGCCCGUCCUGCCGCGACACGAGAAAGACCACAAGAGACAGCAGCAGAGGGUAGCCACACCGCUCCCCGAAGGGCACGACAACAAGGGCUACCUGGAGUGGCCUGCUGAGGAAGUCGCCCGGGCUCUCGCCCGUUAUGGCCGCGAGCUUUUCGAGGCAGGGCUUCCCUACUGGCACUUGUCGGAGACCAUCAACUCGGUCUCGGCAAAGAGACCGGCCGUUAGGCGACAGCUUCAGGGGGCGUGGGACGUAGCUUUCGCUUGGAUGGCGCUGGAGCCGCGCACGCACCAUGUGGCUAUGCCAGCAGCAGUGGUUUUAUUGGCGGUCCUUGCUGUCAGCUUGCUCUGGGGCUGGAGGCAGGAGGCUGGUCUUUUCGGGCUGGCCUGGAGAGCCCUGUUAAGGAUCGGCGAGGCUACAGGUGCCCUCCGCGAGGCACUGGUCUUGCCGAGAGACGUCCUCUACACCCAGGCCUUUGCCUUGCUGAAGAUCGAGGAGCCUAAGACUCGUUUUAGGGUGGCCAGGCACCAAGCUGCAAAAUUGGAGGCAUCCGAUCUGGUUGCCUUGGUGGACAUGGCUUUUGGCAAGCUUUGCAAGGGGUCUAAGCUCUGGCCUUUUUCGGCCCAGACACUUCGCAGGCGAUUGGAUGCCAUUUUGGAGGCGCUUUGGAUUCCUACCAGCAGGACUUCAAGGCGCCCCCUGGACCUUGGAUCAUUCAGGCCGGGAGGUGCUACCUACCUCCUCCAAGCGACAGAGGACUCAGAGCUGGUGAGGAGGAGGGGACGCUGGGUGUCCCAUAUGGUCAUGGAGGUUUACCUCCAAGAAGUUGCUGCAUCAACUUACUACCCAGGCCUCCCCGAAGCAACCAAGAGAAAGGUUAUGGAUGCAGCCGCCGCCUUCCCUUUGCUUCUGGACCAGGCCACUCGGUGGACACAGGGCAACAUUCCCACUGGGUCGUGGUAUUAUCUCUGGAGCUUGUAA